ACCUAUCAGCAGUAACAAUCCAUACAUGCAGUGUAUAUUGGGAAAGAAUUCUCGUUCAUCAGCAUUUCUUAAUAACAGCACUUGUUCAGCAGCUGCAAAAAUGAAAAAGAAUGGCCUUAAUUCACAGCAGCUGAGAAGCAAAAGACGGCCAAGAGUACCAGAAAAUAUGCAAUUAUCACAAAGUAUACUUAAAAUGGAAUCGAGCAGGCAUGGAUUGUUCACUGCACGUGCGCAUUCUCUUAGCCGUUCACCGCCUCGCAAAAGUAGUCGUCCUGAUGAUUCGAUCUGA